CGCGCAGCCAAUCUCGUGGCCGCGUCCGUGGCCGUGGGUGAAGUCAGCCAAUGAGAGGCUCGACCGCAGACUGAAACGCCAAAACCCCGCCGUCAAUCAUCUCAUGUGCAGCCUCUGCUCAGACUGUCAUACAAGACACGAUUUGGUAUUUUUUUAAAUGCAUACAGUUAUUUUUAUGCCUCGGCCGGAGGCUCAAUGUUGCCUUCCAUUCCCGAAUUGAGUUCACACGCCACUUCUCCGUGAGAGGCUGCAUGCUCUAUUUUGAGCGCGGGGGGAGCGGAGCCGGUCGGGGCGCAGUCGCCUGGUUGCGUUUGAGGACUUAGCCGAGCCCAUUUUCUGCCAAUGAAUGUGUUUUCCUCCGAGUUUCUGAGCAGCUUUGCGGAAGUCAACAAAAUACUUAAGUGUGAGAAAUGGCUCCGAAGAAGGGAAAGGAAGCCGAUGGACCAAAGCCUCCACCACUAAUUGGAAGGUUUGGCACCUCACUGAAGAUAGGGAUUGUUGGUCUGCCCAACGUGGGGAAGUCGACCUUUUUCAACGUGUUGACAAAGAGUCAGGCUGCAGCUGAAAAUUUCCCCUUCUGCACCAUUGACCCAAAUGAAAGCAGAGUGCCCAUUCCAGAUGAACGCUAUGAUUUCCUCUGCCAAUUCCACAAACCUGCCAGCAAAAUCCCAGCAUUCCUUCAUGUUGUCGACAUCGCCGGCCUAGUGAAAGGGGCUCAUGCUGGCCAAGGCCUGGGAAACGCCUUCCUGUCCCACAUCAGUGCCUGUGACGGCAUCUUCCACAUGACACGUGCUUUUGAAGACGAGGACAUAAUCCAUGUUGAGGGGACAGUGGACCCGGUGAGGGAUAUGGAGAUCAUCCACGAGGAGCUGAGGCUGAAAGAUGAGGAGAUGAUCGGCCCCAUUAUUGACAAGCUAGAGAAGGCGGCCAUUAGAGGCGGUGACAAGAAACUCAAACCCGAAUAUGACGUUAUGUGCAAAAUCAAGAGCUGGGUAGUGGAUGAAAAGAAACACGUCCGCUACUACCGCGACUGGAACGACAAGGAGAUUGAAGUGUUGAACAAAUACUUGUUUUUGACAUCCAAACCGAUGCUUUACCUCGUUAACCUCUCCGAGAAAGACUACAUCAGGAAGAAGAACAAAUGGUGCAGCUGUCUUUGUGACGUCAGCUGUCUUUGUGGAGGCUGCUGUUCGGCCUGCGUUACAUUUAAUAGGGCGACUUCUGCACUUGUUUGGUCAAUAACACCAACUUUUCCAAUUACCCUGAUGACUGUGAUGUCAUUCCACUGUUUGUUUUUUUUUCUACCUCUCGCUACUUGGCAACGUUGUACCGCGUGGAAGUUUGCCUGUUUACCUGUAGCUGUUGUUAAAAUUUUCCCGACACGAAAGUCUGCCUGUCAGACGAACAGGAGCAGGAAAACUCAUAAAUCAAUGUGAUUCAUGUGAUGCGGAACAGCCGUCAUCGAGGGGGAAGAGACUUUUUUUUUAUUGUGUGCGCGCAUUUUCUUUUAACUGUGCGAAAUGCAAUAAAUCUCCGAGCGUUUUACGCAGACACAAACAGUAGUGCUCAGGUGUCCCGAGGGCGCCGCCAUGAACAAUGCCCACAUCAAAGUGUUGAUGGGUGACAAGUGAUGAGUCACUUCCCUUGUCCAGAGCGGAGCUCACACCUGUAUGGAGAUGAUUACAGGUAGAUCUAGCUGGCCCUAAUUGUACAAUAAAUGCUGCUCUCAGCUCUAAUGGCAGCCAGUCUGCGGCAGAGACGCCAGACUGCCAUUUGGCUGUCGCCAUGCUCCUGUGUUUUUCCACCAGCACAGUUGAGAUGAUGAUACGGUUAAGGACUAUUCAAAGCAAACAGCAAGACAAAUUGCAAUCUCAGCUUUUAAUGUGCUGGAGGAAAGAAGGUGAAUCCUAGAAUGAGGCAAAUAAGCCAAUUUUAUCGGUGUCUCUCUAGACACCUAUUCAGACCAUUCAGUACCUGCUCGUUUGCAUCCUGUACAGCUUUGUGUGUGCUGUGUUGUCAAGUGCGCUCUUUCAGCCAGACUUUAAAUUGACGCUAUUAAUUAUAAUGAAUUACUUCACUAGGCAAUAUUUCUUGAUUUUAACACAUGAAAGUUAGCUGAAAUAGCGGGGCUGCAGAAACAAAUUUGGGCACACACAGGAGAUAACAGCGUUUUUAUAAGGCCGUCCAGAAACAGGGCAUUGUAAAACAGAUCAUCCUGUUUAGAGUAUGGGAAGCACAUAGCAAGCUGCCCUUGUUUAGACAAGAAUACACACUAUUAGCUUUAGCAAGCCAUCAUUAAUGGGGGGAUCAGACGAGGAGCAAGGCCUCCUUUCAUCCCCAGGUUCUCUGCUGGAGACAGUACAUCAUUUACUGUUGAGAGGAGCACAUGGCUCCAAUCCUAUACAGUGUAUGUGUAUGAGAAUGCGUCCAUGUGCAUGUUUGAAGUCUGUUUCAGAGGCGACUCCAUGCUCAUUUGGAUGCUGGCGUAAUUGCGGUGUGGAGAUCAAAGGCGCGCUGGCCGAGUGAUGUUCCAGAGGAGACUUUACCACACAGCCCUCUCCUCUGUGCAGAGGGGGCCGCCUGCUGCUCGCCGCUCCCCUCUCCCCUCCAGCCAUGCACUGCCCCCUGCACAUCCCCGCUCGUAAAAAAUGAUUAAGGCCGCAUUUGUCAUGUGUUUAUGACUGAGAGGCAUUGCGUGAUAGGGAAUGGCAUCUACAAGAGUCUAUCGAGAGGCUUUCUCCCCGUUCCUCGGCGUCAGCGAGCUGCCGGGAAGACUUUUCCUCUGCACCGCAUACCAUAGUUUGUGUGUUAGAGAGGGUCAUUAGAGCACUGUUGAUGAUGUGGUGACUGCAGCCUGCCCAGUGUUGCUGUGUUUUCACUUGCCAGUUCAGAUAUUGUUUAUUUUACGUGCUCGCGCCCUCAUCGCGUUCAUCAGUCUUUAUGUCUUUUAACAGGCUUCCUAUCAGAUAUUCAUUUUAAUCCACCGAGAUCUGAGAGCAGUCACUUUUUGUACUGUAAUGGCCGGAGAUUCAGCUGAGAAUCCUCCACGUAUGCUGUGAUGUUUUUCUUUCUUGUCAUUUUUUCUUUCCUUUUUCUCGUCUCUUGGACAAUGUGCAUUAAAGUAAAUUGGUCCCUCUUAAGUAGAUGAGUUGACCUUUAAGGAAACCAGCAAGCGUGACCUGUCUGUGAGUGCCUCUGCGGUGUGGGUUCUCCUGGUGAGUGUAAGAACUGCAGGGUACCACUGCUUGAAGCUUUUAUUAAGUGUCUGUGCAAGUGUUUGAGCGUGAGCGUGAGUGUGUGUGAGUGUGCACGUGCUUCUGGAUUUGUUUAUCUGCAAGCAAAUAUGUGUGUGUGUGUAUAUUUAGGCAUACACUUGUGUCUUUAUAUAGAAUUUGCUUAUUAGACUCAUGUUUAAUCGCUACUAUGAUUAAUGUACAGGAGGCAUCUCUGUGUAAACCCACAACUAAAAAAAAACAUUGUCAUUUUUUUCAUUUUCGAGCAGUUUCUUAUUAAUGAUAUAAUAAAAACAUGUCUCCAUGCA